UAAAAUACAACCCUUCGAACAACUGCAGCCAACUUUGGAUCGUUGUUUGACACUUGCAACGAGUAAAUUGAAGGAAAUUACUGUUCAGUGGUUCUCUUUUACUUCCUUUUCUGUCAAAAUAAUUGACUAAGAUGAUUGGCUCCAAGAUUAUCAAGCCCGGUGGCGCUGAGCCCGAUGAUUUUGAGAAAUCCAUUGCCCAAGCUCUUGUUGAGCUCGAGGCCAACAGUGACCUCAAGCCCUACUUGAGAGACUUGCACAUCACACGUGCCCGUGAAAUUGAAUUCGGCAACAAGAAGGCUGUCAUCAUCUAUGUUCCCAUUCCCCAACAAAAGAUUUUCCAAAAGAUCCAAAUCAUUUUGGUUCGUGAAUUGGAGAAGAAAUUCUCCGGCAAGCACGUCGUUGUCGUUGGCGAACGUAAAAUUUUGCCCAAGCCCACCCGUAAGGCUAGAAAUCCAUUGAAGCAAAAGCGUCCACGUUCCCGCACUUUGACCGCUGUCUACGAUGCCAUCUUGGAAGAUUUGGUCUUCCCAGCUGAAAUCGUUGGCAAGCGUAUCCGCGUCAAGUUGGAUGGCUCCCAAUUGAUUAAGGUGCAUUUGGACAAGAACCAACAAACCACCAUUGAACACAAAGUUGACACCUUCACCUCGGUCUACAAGAAACUUACCGGCCGUGAUGUCACCUUCGAAUUCCCCGACAACUAUUUGACCAUGUAAAUUGUCAAUAAAUUAUUUUUAUAGUCCAAAAACUCCUGUUGUUACGUGUGUCACUUGUUUGUAAGAAAACAAAAAUUGAUGGGGCUAGACUACAGAAGGAAGCUAAUGUUUUGUGAAGGAAUUCUGAAAUUCAGAAGCUCUUUCACAAACCUGAAAGAGACCACAAAAUAUUAAGAAAUAAAAAAAAAACAUUUUUACAAAAGAAAAGUUGUAAAACAUAAA